AUGAUCAAAGGUGGAUACGGCGGUGGGGGCAAUACGUUCAAUUACUGGAUGUCUGAAAGCAAUUUUGGAGCAGGGAGCGGCGGUGGCCAAACCGCUGUCAAAUUUUUACAAAACGAUUUAUGGCACCGAGUAAUUGUAAGCGGUGCUGGGGGAGGAUCUGAUAAUUCCAUUGAUAAUGAAGUAUUUAACGGCACGGACGAUGGAUCAGGUGGUGCUGGAGGGGGAUUAGUUGGACAAGGAUAUUGGAUGAAUGGAGUUUAUCAAUCUGACAGAUUGGCAAAUUCCACUUAUGGCUUCACUUUUGGUUUUGGAGAAUCCGCUCAAAAAGAUCGAUCCUUAAAUCCAGAUGGAGUUAUCCCUGCCGAAGGAGGUUAUGAUAGACCUGGUGCGGGAGCAGGAUGGUUUGGUGGUUUUGCUGGACAGAAGGGAAAUGCUGGCUCUGGUGGAGGAAGCUCUUGGGCUUUGUGUUCUGACGCAAUUAUUCCAAAAGGAAAUAUUUAUGCAAAUGGUACGUUUUAUAAUGAAACCCAAAAUUUUCCAUAUGCAUUCAAGUUAACAGAUGGAUAUGUUUUUAGAAAUGUAAAAACAGCAUCUGGAGUUUGGGAAGGCAAUGGAAGACUUAUUAUUACAGUUCUUGAAAACUUUCUUGUUCUUUCUUGUCAAUUAAGAAGCAAUUUCAAAUUAAUCUAUGAUGCUCUAUUUGCUAUCCUUACACAAACCAAUUAA